GGCCGGGCCAGUUCGCAGGCCGGCAACAACACGUCCACGACGAGUGGAAACGGUACGCACAACGCCGCGACCGUAUCACGGGGAAGCUGCAGCAGCAGUCACAAUAUGCAUUGCAAAUAUGUAAUGUGGGUCUGGAAGGAUGCAAGGUUUGUCAUGCUUGUCUGGCGUGACUGAAGAGUUUGUGAUGCGUGUCCAAGAAGAGACCCUCUUGCUCGUCAUGCAAGCCGCAGUCUGUCAUGCGGAAAGCGCAGUAGUAAGCAGCGCAGAUUUUUCUCAUGCUUGACUGUGCAUCACAGAGAUGUCACUAUUCACAACUCAGCAUUACAAGUUUCCAGACCCAGAUCGAUAUUUGCAUUUGAUACACAAAAAACGCCGGUCCAGUCGGAACUUUUUCAAGAGCAGCUCCGGCACAACUGCUGCGAUGAACAGAAGCUCGUCUUCCAUAGGAGCGCCCUCCCCUGCGAAGAAAAAGAAGAAGAAAUCGAAGAAGAAACGAAAGAGCAGCUUGAUAGGUCGACCGACGAACGGUAGUAUGUUGGUAAAGGACGACGGAACCACGUCCAGUAUCACCACCAAUUUGGAAAACGGCACUGAACUGUCUGGGGCGGAAUCACAGUCGGAAUCCCAGUCGGAGAACAAUGACGACGCGGAGGACCUGCAUUCCGGGGGGGAAGAGGAGCACGGGAUGAAAAUGAGCUCCGGUAUCAACUGCAAAUAUGUCUGGGUCUGAAAUAAACUUGUGAUGCUGAAUGGCGUACCAUGAUGAGGCCACAAGUGACGGCUCAGCAUGACAAGUUUCUGAGCUUCUAGGUGUUGCCUAUUGUGCAUGGCAAACUGUAACUGCGUUUCUACAUCACAGAAAGUUGGGGCUUUAGGGUAACGUGCAUGACAGACUUGAGAGCUUUGCUAGCAGAGCAUGAGAAAGUUGCAUUCUUCCAGACCCAGGGAUAUUUGCAAUGCAUAUCCGGCGACGAGGAGCAAGAUAAUUGCACUCCUGACGAUGCUGCUGGCGAAUGUGUUGACAUAAAAAAUGACGAAGAGAAGAGAUUAGGCGUCGGGAGUACUAGUGGUCCGCCGGGUGGUGCGGCUUCGGCAAGUAUGGAUUGCAAAAAUGUCUCGGUCUGGAAGAGUGCAAGAACUUGUGAUGCUAUUUUUGGAAUCUAAAAAAGUCUGUAUUGCAUGAGCAGCAAGAGGCGUCCAGUUUUUGCUCCGCGGAGAGGGCAUUUGUCAUGCGGGAUGGGCAUCAAGAUACCCGCAAAAAAUCUGUCAUGCUAGGUCAUGCAUUACAGGCAAGGCAUCAUAGCCCAUGAAAAAUAUGCAUGACAAACCUUGAAAUCUUCCAGACCCAGACAUUUUUACAGUUGAUAGCAAGAACGGUGCAACCGGUGGUGUUUCAGCAGCUGCAGAAACACGAACAGAAGAUGCGAAACCUGUACAAAUAUCAAAUGCAAAAAUGUCUGGGUCUGGAGGGUCAGAACUUGUGAUGCUAACUUCGGACUCUAAAAAAGCCUGUAUUGCAUGACCAGCAAGAGGAGUCUAGUUUGUGCUACGCGGGGAGGGCGUUUGUCAUGCGGAGUAAGCAUCAGGAAGCCCUCUAGAAAUCUGUGAUGCUAGCAGGUCGUGCAUUACAGACAUCCUGGGUCAUGCAAAACAUACAUGAGAAGUCUCAGAAUCUUCCAGACCCAGACGCUUUUGCAUUUGAUACCAAAAAUAGCAGGCUGAUGUCGGACUCGCUACCCGAGGUGGCAGAUGUCCGGGAGCAAGUGAAAGCGAGGGUCAGGGCAGUAGUGGGAGGCGGAGCUGCGCCGGGGGCCACUUCUAGUGGUCUGACAGAUUCUAGCGCCGCGGGUACGUCUAUCGGUACAACAGGUGGCGACAAAGCUAGAAAGGCGGAGGAACUACUGGAGAGAGAGCAAUCUCCUACUCCUUCCACCAGAAAUAGUAGUAAUCGCGCGAGGAUGGUGGAUCUGCAUUGCAUCGAAGUGCCGACAACUACAACAGCUUCUCGUGCCGCGCAUGCAGCAAGAACUGGCAUUGACGUCGACCACCAGGAUCAGGAGGAUGAGACGGAGGCGAUUAUAAAACAGGUAGAGCAUAUCGCAAGAAAAAACUGUGGUAGUUCUUGCACUGUGAAGAGCUUGUGAUGUUGCAGAGAAUGAAAAGCAAAAGUGUUUGUCGUACUACACCCGCAAGAGAAGUUAUUGGAUGUUUAAUUGUGUUUAUUUCCCUUCACUUGGGAGGCGCGCAUGGCAGAUUUAUUCCUGUGUCAUGAUGAUGUAUUAAUGCACUUCUUGCAAAAAAAAUCUAUCAUCGAUCACAGUGAAGAAACAGUUUUUUUUUCGUGGGAUAGAGCAGGUUAUGGCCGAGGGGGAAGAGGAAGAGGUGGACGCCGUAACGGAUGAUGACGAUAUGGAUUGGAAAAAUGUCUGAGUCUGGAAGAUUGGAACUUGUAAUGCUAGCUCUCCGUACCUAGAAAAUCUGUAUUGCGCCAUAACCAACAAAAGUCACAGCGUCUUUUGUCAUGCAAAAACGCAGUUUCUCAUGCGGAUUGCCUAUGAGAAAGCGUUUUGGGAAGUUGUCAUGCCGGACUGCAUUCGGAAGCGUUUUCAUCAUGCACAUCUUAGCAUCACAAGUUUCCAGACCCAGACAUUUUUGCAUUUGAUAGACGAAGAUGAAAACCAACAAGACGAGGAAAUAAACGAAUACGAGGACUUCGUCAUUCCAAGGUCGCCUUCGCCGGAUCGCGGAUCGAGAAACGAAAAGAUAGACCUGAUUGUAGGCAACCUGCAGAAAAAAGACAAGAAAAACACGACGAGUUGUAGUAAAAAAGCGACCGGAGGAGCUGCAGCUGGUACAACCAAUGACGCGUCGGACAGCGGGGGGCUGUCUUCCACGGACACGGGGGCCUCGGACACCGACGAGCUGACUGAAUCUUCGGAAGAAAUUAUUGGGAGGAAAAAUCCCCCCUCCACCGCAUAUUGGACAGGAAAUUUGGUUUGCUGGAUUUGCGUACACAAGUCGGUUUGUAUUGCCAGAAGGGCAAGAGACGCAGGCGUGGCCGUGUUUGCGGGCAAUUUGCCAUGCUGUUCCCCACUUCCAGUUGUCUCCUGUCAUGCUGAACAUGCAAGGCCUUGUUCGCACGCCAGCCAGGAGCACUACAUUUCGUAUCUUUUGCCUUCUAGCAUGACAACAUGACUUGUGGUCGCGAAUCGUGCUACACAAAUCCCCGUCUUUAUAUGGGGACGAGGGGGAUUUUUCAUUUUGAUAGAAAUGGACGAAAAAGCGAGGCAGUACCGCUUCAUCGAGCACAUUAAGGAAAUCUUUCGCCAAAACUGGAGUCAGAUGGGAACAAGUAGUGGCGGUCGUGGGAGUUCUUGUAUAACCAAGAACAAUAGCACGAGUGGUUUGAGUUUGACUACGUCUACGGAGACGGACUCCUCGUCCAGAAUAAAUCCACCAGGAGUGCCGGACAGUGUAGAGUCUAUCAUCGACCGGCUCUACGAUGUGUAUGCGGAUAGCGAGACCAGGGGGACAACGAAAAAAUACUGCCGAGCGAUGGAAAAGCAAUCCAAUGGCCGGGACGAUUUCAGUUUCUUCUACUCUCAGGAUGCGAAGGUAGUACAAGAUGAAUAUAUCAAUUUCUAUUGGACGUUGAUUGUUUGCCUGUUUCGAUAACUUGUCGUGCAUGUUGCACAAGGAUUUCUGUCGUGCUCGUGCAACAAGAAGUAAGUACAUUACAUAUGAAAGCGAUGUUUCAACACCUACUAUUCCACACAGCUCGCAAAAACCCCGGAGGAGCGGCGACGGGCGGAGAUCGAGAUCCAGAAAAACCGUGCGUUGUACAGUGAACGGAGUGACAAGAUCACAGCGGAGUACACCGAGGAAGAUGCGUUUUUGGAUGCGCUGCUAAAGGCCAUGCCCCGAUCCUUCCACACCUUUUACGGCGACGCGGCGGCCUACAUUUUCAAGUCGCCGCACCUUUCCCGUGGACGGGGAUUGAAAGUGAUGACUUGCAUAUCGCAAGAAAAAACUGUGAACUUGUGAUGCAUAGAAUGGAACACGGAACUAUUUGUCUUGCUACACCUGCAAGACCUUCUUGACUCUUUAUUAACGGCGUUUUCCCUUUGGAAGUGCGCGUGCCAAAUUUUCUCCGUCACGUGUAAGAAACUUGUGAUGCAGAUCUUGCACAAUCAUCUUCAUCACAGUGAAACAGUUUUUUCGAGGGAUAUUGCAGGGGAAAGCUACGCCCAAUGCUCGAGGAGGCGUACUUUUUUAUUUGUGAAUUAUCAGUCUGUUUCUUCAAUAGAUCUUUCCUGCAUAACAUGCAACAUCUGUACACAAAAGCGUUUUCGUUCUUAUAUGAGCGAAACGAAACUCAAAAUAGAAAAAAAUGCAAACAUUCAGGUAUUCGCGCUCCGCCCUGAACCAGCGCUGGUUUUGCAUCGUCCAGAAGUAUCUCGAGAAACCCUUUCUCGUUGACUACCGGGGGGAGUGCGUCAAGUGCGAUUUGCGGCUGUGGGUGAGCGCCUUGAAUUGGAACCCGGUGGUUGCGCUGGUGCACCACCAACCCUAUUUCCGGUUCGCAACCAAGCCCUUCGGAUUUUCGAGGGUAAAGCAAGACCAGCGGGCGCACUUGACCAACCGAACGAUCCAGGAGACCAACGAUGGCGUGGCGAAGGGAGCGGAGGACGACGACCCCGACUACCAGCUGGUUUUCGAAGAGUUUCUGAAUUAUUUGCGGAAAAACUACGGGGAGCCCUGGGUCGAGAGGUGGCACAGUUUCACCUGGCCACUGAUGCUCGACGCCGCCCGGUGCGCCUUGCUCGCUUCGCAGGACGCCGUGACCCACGCGCACUUCACCUACACGAAAAAAGCCGCCUCGAAGCUGGAGCGUGUGGGGCGGCAGGUGCAGGACGGGCCGAAGGCGUUCGAGCUCUACGGGGUGGAUUUUUCCCUGGACUACGAACUGCGGCCCUGGUUGCUGGAAGCGAACGUAUCGCCGGACUUGCUGGGACACAGCGGAAAGACGCUGAAGCAGCAGUCGCGGGACGCGCUCGACGAGCUGCUGACCAUCGUGCUGAAGGAGCCAAAAUUAUCAAACAAAAAAGUUCAUCGUCAGAAUCACGCAUGCGCAUUGUUGCAAUACAAAACUUUCUGUCAUGCGUAAAAAUGCAUCACAGCCAAACUUCAUAAGGGAUCUCGUCCCUAGUGUUUCUGCAAUACAAGGAAAAGCUGUCAACGUGCUAAAAAAAAAUGUGUAAUGCAAAGCCUGCAAGUUAGUGACUGUGAUAAACUUUUUCGCGCCAUGAAAAUCGGUGCCGAUCGGGAUGCAGAACGUGGUGCAGAACCCGAAGAUCGCCGGGCAGAAUUUCACCCCGAACAUUCCGCACAGCUGUCUGCCCCCGAAUAUCCUGUGCAAAAGUAUCGUACUCGUAUAAAUGCAAGUCUUGCAUUACAAAAACAAAUCCUUUUCUUAAGGUAAAUCGAAAUCCGCAUUACAAAUUUUAUUUCUCAUGCUGAGGGAAUUUGUAAUGCAUUUAUACCUGAACCUGUGCGAAGAUACUUGUGCAAUGCAUACCGAACAUUGCGCGGCAGAAGGUGUGCUGCAACGACAGCACCUGUUUCACGCGACACGGCGUCAACCUGGUUCCGCCCGCGCUGGUGUGCGGGUACCAAAUCGGCGAGAAGAAAUGGUCACUGUUUCUGAAGGGGCCCCGCUACGAACCAGUGGAGCUCGCGGACCAGUUUUCCCGGCGGAAGGCCAUCGAGUGGAGCAAGCGCGCACCGUACGCGCAGAGCUGCUCGAACAACAAGGAAAGCGCGCAGCCGGGACACGAGGCCGUGAUCCGGAGGUUGCUCCUGAACACGCCCUACAGUAGGGUGUCGAAGGAACAAGCGGAACAAUUACUGAAGAAGAACGGGGGGCAGCUGUCUUCCAGCCCGAAGUCCCCGAAGAGACCCUGGAACGCAGUGAAGUCGCACUUUGAGCGCGACCGCGAGAAGAUGGAGUACUACAAAAAGUUCCAAAGCGGGAAUAUGAGUAACGCAGCCUCUAUCAAGUCCAAAUAUGUCUCGGUCUGGAGGAUAGCAAGAUUUGUCAUGCUAGUCUGGCACGACUCUGCACUCUGUAUUGCGUGGCCACAAACGGCCUCUCUCAUUUGUCAUGCAAAAACGCAGCUUCUCAUGCGGAAUACUUACGCAGCACAGAAGCACGAAAAAACUUGUCAUGCUUGGCUGCGCAUUAGAGUUCACCUUCACUUAUUGUUCACUGACUUGCAUCGCAAGUUUCCAGACCCAGACAUAUGUGCAAUGCAUAGCCUCCUCCCCCAAAAUCGGCGCCUCCGCUGCAAGCGAGAUGAUGCAGGAACAAGGAGCCAAAGACUCUCCGAGGACCAAGAUGUUGAACCAAAUCUCGGAUGCGGCGGAAUUCGUGUCCAAUGUGUUGAAAGGGAGCAAGGAGCGGAUGGGACAGUUGGGAAGUGGCGCCUCAUCAUCAUCUCCCGGCAUACCCGGCUGCGAGUUUGGGUUGACCAAAUCUGGGCGCCCACGGACCAGCGGAAACAGUAUCGUGCACAAUCUGUCCUGCGAGAUCCUGCCGACGAUCCCCUCCAACACCAACGACAGCGAGAAUGCCGACGUGGAGAUCAACGGGGCAGUCAACGACGUCAGCUUAACGACCCCGAAUGACGACGUGCUGGCGGGAAACCCGCAGUCGGGCACAUCGCCGAUAUCAAAUGCAAAAAUGUCUGGAUCUGGAAGAUUCUGAGACUUGUCAUGCAUGUUUUGCAUCAUGACCCAGCAUGUCUGUACUGCACGACCUAGCAUGACAGAUUUUUAGUGGGCUUCCUGAUGCCUACUCCGAAUGACAAACAUCCUCCCCGCGUAGCACAACUCCUCUUGCUGCUCAUGCAAUACAGAUUUUCUUAGAGUCCAAAGUUAGCAUCACAAGUUCCAAACUUCCAGACCCAGACAUUUUUGCAUUUGAUAACCGAGCUCGAAUAACAAAUCUCCGCAGUUGUUGUUUCUCAACAAUUAUCCUCUGGCGCAAUAACUUAUAUCGCACUCGUAUGAUAGUAGGUGGUGCAGUCUGGCAUGACAGAUCUACCUUCGUAUACCUGAAACUGCAUGAGAAGUUGUUCUAUUCGUGGAUAUUGAUGAACUGUUUCUGAUGCAAUAAAUUUGUUCGUACUACUACUAGUGCGAUACAUAGUUUUUGCAAUGCAUCACAAGCAGCAAGACCAGUCACUGUCCCCAGUUUUGGUCCGAAACUCGCAGGAAGAGCUAGACUCUGUCGCGGCCUACUACGCGCAAAGUCCCACGACGCCGAUGCAGCAGCACAGCCCGGGACUUCUCGCGGAACAGCAUCAAGCGGGUGGUACUAGUGGUAGUCAGGCAGGGAUGAUGAACUGGCAACCGAACAACAAGGCGGUGUCUCUAUCCUAUGUGAAAACGUCCCCACCCCAGAGUUAUCAUGCAAAUGCGCAUGGUAAAAAUGCUUCUCAUGCGGAGCCCCAUGAGAGGCAUUUUCUAGUCGUGUUUUGGAAUUUGUCAUGCUCUAAUACGCAUGCUAUGCCAAAUCUGUCAUGCUGCUGAGCAAGCUAAACUGGAUUACACUACGAGGCCAAACUUGUCAUGCGCAGCAGCCAAAGCUGGUUGAUUUGUCUAGCAGAUUCCCCAACUUGACGAUGGGGUGGGGACGUUUUUGCUCAGGAUAGUCGCCUACACUCUUUUCCGCCGCGGCCUUGGGGAAAAACAAGCAGUACGAAGGCAGCCCCUCGUACGGAAGCGUCAGGAUUGAAAUCGUCAAAGUUGAAAUAGUUUGUGAUGCAUAAAAUGCAACCCGCAAAAUGUCUGUCUUGCAGAGUAGGCAAGGGAGGCAGAUUGCAAGCCUAUUGAAGGGUGGGAAUCGGGCUGCUAAAGUAGCAUGACAAAAGGCGUCUGCCUUACCCAAGCAGCAUGACAAACUGGAUUUCGGUUCUACCCAAAUUUGUCAUGCGCCAGUUAGAAACUGGGUUACAGCUGGCAUUUGUUUUUAUGCAUCACAAAUCAUAAUUUCACCUUUGUGGAUUUCGAUCCUGACGCUUCCAUACCUCGGAACAGUGGGUCGUCGAAUCGUUUUCGCCGAACCAUCUAAUGACGGCAAACGUGCUCGCAGUGCAGGGAGCGGUCGCGAACCGGAGCAACACGGCGUCGAAAUCUUCUGCCACAGGCUCCACAGUGUCCGGCGCGAGCGCGACGACCAGCUCGAGUAAUCUACAGAACAACAGCCAAGCUGCCACCGGCUCGCCGGCCGCGAAACAGUUUCUGUACCCCGGCGUGGUGCAGCAGAGUAAUUCGAACUCCGGAGCUGCUGGGGUAGCUGCAACGACUAAUUUCACGGCUUUCACGACCAAGGAGCAGCGUCGCGGCUUCCAGGAGGGCCCAGUUCUCGGGUCCAAUUUCUCCCUCAGUCCCUACCACAACAAAAACAAAAAAAGCAGCCGGAUUCGCGGCAACAAGUACGAGUUGCGGGCCCGCGUCAGCUCGGGCGGGGGCUACAACUCCGCAAACAUGUUGAAUGCAGGAAGUGGUCUAGCGCAGAAGAGUCCGAGCGGGUCGCAGAUUAGCAAGCAGUCGCUGCUGGCAGAAAUGAUGGAGAAGUCCGAAACCAACCCGCGGUCCGCUACGCGCGUCAUGGAAUUGAAUACAGCGCUUGGUGAGCAGCUCCACCAAGUGGCCAUGCGGUUGGAAAAUUCUGCCUCCGGUUUGCUCGUGCCCGAGAAUUGCAACAGCGGCUAUUUGGACAUGAACAGUCGGGAGUUGAACAACACUUCUUCGCACCAACAUGGCGAAGAUCAGUUGCAGCUGCCGCGGGUGGACUCGUAUCGAAUGCAAAAUUGUCUGGGUCUGAAAGGAUGCGCAUGCGAACUUGUGAUGCAUACUUAGAUCACACAAAAAUCUGUCAUGCCUGGACAGCAAGAGGAGCUCUUUUUCCUGUCGCCGAAAGAAGGUGUUUGUCAUGCGGUUGCGGAUUAGGCAUUGGGAUUGGGAAACCGUCUCAUAACCUGUGAUGCGAGGUCUUGCAUGCCACACCUUCUGUGUCAAGCAGAUACAGCAUCACAAACCUCAGCAAUGUUCCAGACUCAGACAUAUUUGCAGUUGAUAACUCGCCCAAAAUCCACCACAUCAAACCUUCCACCUCCAACACAAGUCCCCGAGCCGCAGAUCAUAAACCGCACUACGGCAGCGGGGGCGUAACUUCAACCCGGGCCUACACCGCAAGUAGUCUGCAUGGUAACAGUCCUAAACACCCCACGAAUUCAUCCAGCAACCGGCUACCGCCGAAACCCACGCCAAACCAAGGAGUGAUUCCAACCUGGAAAAUUUUAAAAAAAUCGUCCAAAUCCCCGACGGAUGUUGACGCAGUGAACGGCAGUCCCACGACGAAUCACCCCUACCACGGCGAGAUGAAGUACAAAUCGCAAUAUGUUGGAGCAGGAGCAGCAACGGGCAGCACGUCUCACUUGCCAUUGCAAGGCCGGUCCCCGCAGGCGUUGCUCACUCUGCUGCAGCAAGCUGGCGGGAAGGGCGGUGAUGCUGAGGAAGAGGAACAAUUGUACAGCUUGGACGACGUGGCUGAUGGCGCAGCAGAGAAGAACAAAUCUUGGACGCCCAUCGUGGACUACGGAGGUGGGAGCAAAAAUAUGGAGCCGGGCGCUGCUAGUGCUAUCGCUGGGAAUAUCAAUUCUCGCAGUAGUCCGGACCACGGGGCUAACAAGGGGUCGCCGUCCACCUCUCCUUACAUGUCGCCGCAGCACUCCACCAGCUCCAAGCACCAACUUAUCACAAGGAAAAAUCCCCCCUCCCCAUAUCGAAAGGAAGUUUCUGAUGCUGGAUUUGCGUAUACGAAUCAGGUUUGUCUCGCAGUAGAGGACUGUAGGCUCCUGCCAAGCCUGAGUAGAGAGCUUUUGCCUAGGCGCUUAGCAUGAGAAACGACUAUGCUGUAAGAGCAACAGCAUCACAAACCGCCUGCAUAAUGCGGCAGAGCCUGGGGUGUUGUCUUCUUGCAAGACAGACGUGAUGUGUGGUCUCAAAUCAGCAAGACAAAUUUUCGGAAACAUACCGUUUCGAUAUGGGGAGGGGGGACUUUUCCUCUCAAUACAACUGCACAAGCAGCGACCCCGAGAGCGGCUUGGGUACAAGGAGCUGCAGGAACAGGUAGAAAAUUCCACGUCCGGGUCGCCGAAAAACCUUUCCAGCGGCAAGAAUAUCAAAUGCAAAAGUGUCUGGGUCUGGAAGAUUCUGAGACUUGUCAUGCACGGUUUGCAUGAGCCAUGAUGUCUGUGAUGCGUGCCCUAGCAUCACAAUCUCUUCCAGGGAUCCUUGAUGCCUAUUCCGCAUGACAAAUGCCCUCUCCGCCUAGCAACAAUUAGACUCCUUUUGCUGCUCAUGCAACACAAAUUUUUUAGACAUCCAAAUGCAGCAUCACAGGUGGUUGCAUUCUUCCAGACCCAGACAUUUUUGCAUUUGAUAAAGAAGAAAAAGCUGCAACUUGACAGUUUGGAUCGCGACAUUUUGAACCUGGCCGCGGACUCCACUCCGCGAACGUUUCGUAUUGCAGAGAAAAAAGUUAGCAUAACACAUUUGUAUUGCAAAAACAAGUACAUGGAAAUUUUUGUCUUGCAUACUAGCCAAAACAGGACGAGGACUCCUGCGCAUGAGAACUUGUUUUCCUAGUUGCCUUUAGCAUUACAAAUGUCUUGUCCUCUCAGCUUUUUUCUGUGUUAUGAUUCGCGACAAGAUUCUGCGUCGAACGGCCGCCCACCGUGUCGAGCGUGGUGCGGGGAACAGAUACCUGGCCACAAGUCCGGGCGGGGGUGUGGAGCAUACGGGGAGCCACAGCCACGGGGUUAAUGCGGUCGAACAGCAAGUGCACUAUUUGCCGCUCCGUGAAGAGAUCAACUACGGGCAGCCCACCACGCACUUGGGUCAAGACGAUCCGGUCCAGGAGCAGCUGUACGCAAGAAUCAAAAGUUCCAACAACCUGACGACCGGUGGUGGCGGUACUUCUUCCAUGACCAAUAGCAAACCUCGGAGCUACGGGGGUAAACCGAAUUUGUCGGAGUUAAUUCAAGAGCCGUUGUCAAGAAAAUUUUGAAGAGACAUAGUAGUUGCAGACCACCGCGACAAAAAUUCACUACGUACUAGUUUUCUGAUGUACAUCAAUUCAGGAUCUGGCGGAACUCUUGUAGUCAAAGUCAUGCUACUUGUCUGCGUGAUUUCAUGGCGCACUUCUGGUUUCAGAUUUUUACUACAGGUGAAGCAUCCGAUUUCAUGCGUGUCGUCAAAAUCGUCAUCUAGAUAUGGAAAUCAGUUUUUUGAAAUAACAUCAAGACCAACCAUGUAGUCGGCAGUCAGGACAGACUGCGACAAGAAAUCUCAAUGCUUUUUAGUUAUUCUACUACCAUUAAAUCGAGCGAAGAGUGGUCCUCGUUAAGAGAACGGGCCACGGCGGGCGCGCGCCCGCUCAUGUGACCUUUUUGUUUUUACCUAUCACCUUAAUUUACGUUAUUACAUGAUCAGAAAUUAUACUCAAUGUCACCGGUAUUUGUAUGAUUUUCGUUUUUCCUUUUCUUUUUCAUCCUUGGAUCAGUAUUUUCGUCAGAGAACUACAAUCUAGAUGCAAUUUUAGGUAGAAUACUCCAUAUUCAUGUACAUUACUAGACCAUUGCUGUUAUUUCACAUUGAUUUAUAAUUCGAGUUUAUGCGAAAAUAAAUUUGGAAGUUCUACUGGAGAAUUUGGUACGAAGAAUCAAACGAGAUUUAGGUUAUUUUAGAGUUCACGAUCACGACCUACACCUACUUGGGUCGGCGUCGGCAGUACAGGUUGGUAGUUCUCUCUGUUUCAGUUUUUAGCAUAGUUGGUCUUUCCUCUUUCUGAUUCUGGUUCAACUUCAAAGUGAUUUCGUCUGUAUAAUUUGACAUUUACAGCCUUUUCUGAGGAGGCGAUCGAAACGAAACAAGAAGCACGCAGCACGAUGAUAAUUUUUGACGAGUUUCCUCUUCAAGCCCAUGGUAGGUUUUCAUUCAGCAUUUCGUCCACCCUUCGUGAAAUAGCUUUUGCGAUGAAAAUGUUGUCCACUUCUUCCCACGAGGUACUCAAGUCAGUCCUGGCUGCGAGGGACGAAAUUCUACCUACGUAAAGUACCAACGAGAGAACUGAUCUUGUCUACGUGACAAUCAGUUUCUCCUCCUUUCCCUUGCCAGUUUUGAUGUUGUCCUGCGGAUCAUUGAUAUUUAUUCUGUUUCUCCGUUGUACAUAGCAUCUUGAGCAGUAGUUUCAACAUUCAUGAUUUUUACCUGUCGUGACAACAACUGCUGGUGUGCGACACUUGGAAGCUGAAGGUACAUGUGUUUUCGUGAGUCGUAGAGAAACAUUUUCUCCUCUCGUAGAUGCUUUGUUCCAGGGCUGUUCGAAGAUGUGUCCGGUAGAAAAG